GUGCGAGGGGAAGGCAAAGAGCCUCAGAUUGCGUCGAUACACUUGCUGAAGCAAUUCUUUCUUCGAUGACCAACGUGAACUGGUCGUGAAUACCGAAAGGGUUAUUCUUUUCAGCUGUCGCUCGGUUUAGCGCGCUCUUUAAUUGGGUGGGCUUCUCUGAUCUCGUCUCAUCCCAACCUGUCUCGCACACUCUUCCUCCUCACUCUCUUCAGCGUAGGCGUAGCAUCAAUGGCGGAGAAGGAAGAAUGCAAGGUCCUCAUCGAUCAAUCUAGCAAGGACGCUGCUGAUCCACCACGCGAGGACGAGGAGGACGAUGACGAGGACGACAACUCGAGCUUCAUCGUGCUCCUCAACCUCGUCCUGGGCGGCACGGCGCGCCUCAACGUCCUCCUCCCGACCGCCACCAUCCUCGCCUUCGCCAUCUUCGCCCCGCUCCUCACCGACGACGGCAAGUGCACCCGGCUGAGCCGCAUCCUGACCGGGGCCUUCGUCGCCCUCUGCGCCGCCUCCUGCGUCUUCUUCACGCUCACCGACAGCUUCCGCUCGCCCUCGGGCCGCCUCCGGUACGGCGUGGCCACGCCGUCGGGCAUCCGCACCUUCUGCGGCGGCGGCGGCGGCGGCCGGCGGAGGAAGGGGCCGAGGGAGCCGGCGCGGUACAGGCUGCGGUGGUCGGACCUGUUCCACACGUCGCUGGCGCUGGUCGCGUUCGUGACGUUCGCCGCCUCGCACCACGACAUCGUCCUGUGCUACUACCCCGGCGUGCCCCGGAAGGUCGUCAACACCGUGCCGCUCGUGAUCGGCUUCGUGGUGAGCCUCCUCUUCGUGCUGUUCCCGUCCAAGAGGAGGGGCAUCGGGUACCCGUUCCUGCUGCGCACCGACCUCGUGUACCUGCGCCGCUGAAAAACCUCCUGGAAAUUCGGUCGGAUCGGAUUGGACCUCAAAUCUGGGAAAAACAAGUCCUCGAACCCCUCUGCAAUUUGUUUGAAGUUUGAAACGCAUUGCAACCAUGAUUCGUUUGAUUUGCUGGUAUGGAAAAAUUUACAUGGUUCUUUAAUGAAACUUGUGCCGAAAUGUAUGUACAUCCUUCAUUAUUGCCUCUCCUUCA